AUGACGAAGUGCUUUGAAAGGCUGGUCAAGGCUCAUAUUACAUCCAGCCUAUCUGCCACAUUUGAUCAUCUCCAGUUUGUGUACCGUCCCAAGCGCUCCACUGAUGAUGCCAUAGCAACAGCACUCCACCACAGCCCGACUCACCUGGAGAACAGAAACAGCUGCGUGCAGAUUCUACUCAUUGACUUCAGCUCCGCCUUCAACACUGUCAUUCCACAACACCUGGUAAACAAACUCAGUAGGUAUCAGCACCCCAGUUUGCAACUCACCACCAGCAGUCUCUCAGUCUGGUAUGGCAGCUGCUCUGUUGCUGACCAGAAGGUCCUACAGAGGGUGGUGAGAACAGCAGAGAAGAUCACCAGAUCAGCCCAACCCUCCAUCCAGGACCUAUACUCAUCCCGCUGCCAGAAAAGAGCCAUCAACAUCACCAAAGACCACACACACCCUUCACAGGAACUGUUUACCCUCCUACCAUCUGGUGUGUGUGUGCUGCUGCUGUCUGCACUGACUGUUUCUGCAGUCUCUCUGUCUGUCAGUCCAAACCUUCAGCAGUUCUUCAGAGGAUCUUCUUCAGUGUCUCUGAGUUGUGUUGAUGAUGGACAGACAAUUGAUGGAUGGACAGUGAAGAGGACCAGAGGACGACUCACUGAGGACUGUGGAGCAGCUACAGGCUUUGGGAGGGUUGAUGGUUCCUCCUGUGUUCUGGAUCUCUCCGUCUCCUCUGGUGGAAGUUACUUCUGUGAAAACUCUUCUGGACAGCAGAGCGAUGAAGUCUCCAUCAGUGUUUCAGCUGAUUCUCUGAUCCUGGAGAUCCCUGCACUUCCUGUGAGGACAGGAAGUGACAUCACCCUGCAUUGCAGACGUAAGGAUUUUCACACAGUCGCAGCUUAUUUCCGUUUUAAUGGAAGUGUUGUUGGAUCUGGACGUAAAUCAGAGCACACCAUCACUAACAUCCAGCAGUCUGAUGAAGGUCUCUACUCAUGUUCCACUGAUACAUUUGGAUUAUCUCCUCAGAGCUUUCUGAGGGUCAGAGCUCUUCCUCCUCAUGUACAGAGCACCACAGCCUGCACCUCUCCUGGUAUUUCUGCUCCUCCCUCUUCUCCCACAGCCCUCCCUCCUCCUCUUUUCUCCUCCUCCAUCAUUCCAGUUGUAGCAGGUCUGGUUUCUGUGGUUCUUCUGGUUCUGGUUGGAGUUCUGAUCUUCUACAGGAAACUAAAAGGAAGGAGUGACUCCUCCCCUCCUGUAGAUGUGACUUAUGCUGAAGUCACCACCAGGCAGAGAGGUCCUGCUGAGGUCACCUAUGGUCAGGUGGUCUUCAACAAUAAGAAGAAAGCUGGCAGGAGGACAGGUAACCAUGACAACCACUUCUGGAACGCAACCAUACCAAGGCCGGAACGGCUGCCCAGACUUCCCAAAUGUCAUGAUAAGCCAGGUAUCCCCAAGUCCAAUCAGGAGAAAUCCUGGUAUCAAUGA